AUGGACGAGUUUGAGGCACUUAAAGCCAGCAACAAUGGCGUGCUGCGGCUGAGCCUCUGCAUGCCUGUGCUGCCUCGCUGGGAAGAGAAUGCAUACAACUAUGACAAGGGAGUGCUGGCAGACAUCCUGGAACCGUUCAUGGGCAAGGGCCUCAUACCAGCUGACUGGGACACAUGGAAAGUGAGGCGCAAGAAGAUCGUUCCGGGCUUUCACAAGGCGUACCUCAACGCUUCCAUGGCCAUGUUUGGACGCUGCACGGAGCGUAUGAUCGGCAAGCUGGAUGCCCACACUGCUUCGGCAAAUAGCGACGACAUGGUGGACAUGGAGACUGAGUUUCUGAACCUGGGCCUUGACAUCAUUGGGUUGGGAGUCUUCAACUACGAAUUUGGGAGCAUCACCCGCGAGUCACCUGUCAUCAAGGUACUGAAUGAGUGUCUGGAUGAGCUCAUUGAGCAGGCCCGCAGGAUCAGCGAGCCCGAAGAGAUCGAAGCGCUGCAGCAGCGGGACUACAGCAAGGUCAAGGAUGCCAGCCUGCUGCGCUUCCUUGUGGAUGCGGGGGAUGCUGACCUGGGUGCUCGCCAGCUGAGGGACGACCUGAUGACCAUGCUGAUUGCGGGCCACGAGACCACUGCGGCUGUGCUGACUUGGACGCUGUACUGCCUGACAAAGAGCCCCUCACACAUGGCUGAGAUCCAGGCCGAGGUGGAUGCCGCGCUGGGGGACAGCCACCCAGGCAAGUUGACAUGA